AGUGGAGCUGUACUCGUACAUAAGCCGCUGUGCUUAUUUGAUUUCUCUUUUAUUUUUGGUCCUUGCUUUUAUUUUUCGUGUUGCUUCUCCAAGGUGUAUUGCAGAUUCUCAUCCUGGAAUGUCCUUUCCCAUCUUCCUUCUUCCCUCUCGCUUGAAAUAGGCGAUGCCUUGUUCCAAGCUCUCAGUUCCUUUCCGAUGGUUUUUCUGAAAAUUUAAAUGCAGUUUACAAAGAGACUGACAUCAUCCGGAAGGCUGUCUUAGAACUAAAAGCAUAAAAAAGCGGAGGAAGGGAUCGGUUAUAAAAAGCUGCAUUUUAUUUUAUUCUUUCUAACUCUAAUUGCUGCGGACGGAGGGGUUGGGUCAUUUAAGCUAGAACCUGACCGUUUCUCAACCUUAUAUAGGUUUUAUCUGUUGGAAAUCUACGCGGCGUGGAUACUGAACCCGAGCAGGUUGAUUUUUAAGCUAACAAAUUCAUUCUUAUUGCUGCAGCUGUGAUAGCCUUUGGCAUGGGAGUUGUAAGGCAGAGAAAACAUUUUACAGAAAUGAACAGAUUUACAGUUUUUUGUGAUCUUGUCCUCCCUGAAGAAUUGUAGGAUUUUUAAAAUACAAAAUUACAUUCCACAAUGUUGCUGUGAAGUUUGAACUUACAGAGUAUUUAAAAUAAUAUUCCUUGAAAAGAACAGUCUGUGUCUUCUUAUCUCCUUCCAAAGGGGAAGUAGAAUAUAAAUAUGGCAAAAAAUUCUGUAGAAGGGUCAAAGGAAGACCUGACCAAAAUGACAGAAGAAGAUCUUUUGAAAUGGAACAAGGAAGAGUUGGUGAAAAGGUUGAAGAAAGUAGAAAAUGAAAAAAUGAACUUGAUGGUGGAGCACAGCAACUUGAUGAAAGAUGUGAACAGAAGACUGCAAGUUCACCUGCAUGAGAUCAGGGGUUUGAAAGAAGUUAAUCAGAAGCUCCAGGAUGAUAACCAGGAACUGAGGGAGCUCUGCUGUUUCUUGGAUGAUGAUAGGCAAAAGGGGAAAAAGCUGUCCAGAGAAUGGCAGAGGUUUGGGAGACACACUGCAGGUGUAGUGUGGAAGGAAGUUGGAAUGUACCAGCAGAAGCUCAAAGAAUUAGAAGCUAAGCAAGAAUCCCUCCUGAGAGAGAAUGUUGAGCUGAAGGAGAUUGUGCUAAUGCUGGAUGAAGAGAGGAAUGGAGCAGGCUCCCGAAGCUCCAUAGAUAGCCAAGCUAGUCUCACCAACCUCAAUGGGAGUUCUGGAACCAGGGAUGUUGGAGAUGGGAGUAGUACAUCUAGUGCUGGCAGUGCAGGAAGUCCAGAUCACCACCACCACCAUCUCCUUCACCAUCACAAAGUUGUUGAAAACAAAGCUGGAGCCAUCCGGAGAUCUAUGGAUGACCUUUCUGCUCCUCUUCACCACAGGAGCAUCCCAAAUGGUCUCAAUGAUUCAUCUUCCAACUACAUCAGACAACUUGAAACAAAAGUCAAAUUGCUAGAGGAUGAUAACAAACUUCUCUCUCAGCAAUCAAGCACUGGGGAACUGAGGACCCUUAGGAAAGGGUUAACCCCAUACCAUUCUGAGUCUCAGCUGUCAUCAUUGUCGCAGUAUCAGGAUGCCAUGCAAAAUGGACCCUUUCGCAUGACUCCUGAUUUUGCUGCUUCUCCUGCAGUUGGGUAUAUUCCUCUAAGCCAGAAACCUGAAGCAGUGGUACAUGCUAUGAAGGUCCUUGAAGUCCAUGAGAAUUUGGACAGGCAGAUACAAGAAAACUAUGAAGAAGACCUGAGUGAAAAGGAGAAAGCAAUUGUUCGUGAAAUGUGCAAUGUUGUCUGGCGAAAACUAGGUGAUGCAGCAAGCUCCAAACCAUCAAUCAGGCAACAUCUUUCAGGAAACCAGUUCAAGGGUCCUUUAUAAGCACCUCAAGCUGCAAGACUGGAAGUGAAAAGAAUCUGAGGCAAUGGAACUUCCUUGCUUCUGGCUGCCAGCAUUAUCUUUUCCUCCCAUUUCCUUUAACUGUGUCCAUAGUGUAAAUAAGGCAGCUAAAGGCCUAGCUUGCGGGCUGUCCUGAUCCAGAAUGAUACAUGGGUUAAUGACUACCCUCUUGUGGCCAAUGUCUGUCAUUUGUAUUGUAAUGAAAUCCCCACUUUCCUGUAUGGUCAUGUAUACAUACUUGACUCCCAAUGAUUUCUAGGUAGAAUAUCAGAAAAGAACUCUGAGCAGUUCCACUGCCUUAUUUUAGCCUACUCAUGGAAUUGCAUGGCAGUAGUGGCUGCCCAAAGCAGUCUUCCCCAAUUUGGUGGCAACUUCUACCAAUCCCGGCAUGCUGACUAGAAAUUAUUUGAGUUGCAAAUGUAGGGCACUUGUCUGAGAAAGGCUUCUCUGUUGUAUGAUUUUAGAAAAUACCAUGGAAUUUACCAGGACCUAAAUUAGUCAUUGUUCAAGUCUGUUGAGAGAAGUUUUCUCAGAGAUUUGUAGGGUUAGAUUUUAUUUUUGAAGGACAAAUUUGAGGUGCAAACAACUUUUAUCAGGCUAUGCUUUGAAUAUUCUAGCAAUACAUUCUUGAUUGUCAAAAAUCUGACAAACCAUAAUGUAUAAUUGCUAGGCUGUCUUUAACUUGGUGGGUCACCAGUCUUUACUUUGGGUGAUACUGUAGUAAUAGCAGAUCUCAGACCUGAGCCAUUUGCUGAGCAUCAUUUGUCCUACACCUUAAUGUUCUCGCCGCUUCUUUGCUGCUUCUGCCUGCUUAUCCCUCACUGGAGGAAGAGUAGAAAGAAAUGAGCAUCUCUGCAUAUUUCAUCCUUCCUUUCUUUCUGGGAAAGGAUGCAGAUAGGCUCCACAGAAAUAAGUAAAUGAGCAGUGAAGAGGAAAAAGAGAGGUGAACUCAUGAGGAGUGUUUGAUUUAAGAGCUGGCCAAAAUCUAUACCUGGCAUUGACAAUUUUUCUACCCAAUUACUAGAAGCACAUAAGCCUUGUCAAUACCAAUUACAAAUUUUGGUCUGUUAUUAGAUAAGAUACUCCCUGAGAAGGCAGUAGGCAGUGCAUCACUUGACUGAACAAGUGCUCUGCAAAUCUUCACAUUGUUGCUAAAGAUGUACAAGUCCUUCAUUCCUUUGCAUUAACCUCCAGUAUAUAUGAGAAAGGACAAUUCGCUGUGGCCAACUCACUGCAGGACAAGAGUUACAUUAAUAUCAAAUAAAUGGUAGAAUAGAAUCAUUAAAGAAAGGAUGCAAAAGGAGGGACAAAAUGAAAUCUGAACGACAAAAAUUAAAACAAUUUAUUUAUUUUAAAUGAUUAAUUUGAAUUGAUAAAUUGCCCUGUGGCAAGUUGUCCCAUGGUGAGUUGGCUGUGAUGAGGUGGCCAUGGUGAAUUGACUGUGGCAAGUCGUCCCAUUCCAGCUGUGAUUUUGCUUAUUUUGACCUUAACUCCACAUUAGAAAAAUAUAACAUGUAAACAGUUCCUGCAAUGUCUCUUUUAACCUCUUAUUAAUAUAUUAAAUUUAAAAAAUCAUGGUCCCUUAUUAAAAUAAUAUUGAUCUGGUGUUUUAGAAAUAAGUGGGAGAAUACAGAACUAGUUACAGUAUUUGGAAAAGAUAUAGAAUAAGAAUCAGUUAAGUUACAUCAGGAAGUGAUUGUCAUGAGAAUUGCUGCUGGUGCUGCUGCUGCUAAUCAACCAAAUCAAUCUUCUCCAAUUGUAAAUUUCCUAAAACCAUAUAACGCAACACCUAACUGGCCACUGGAUCCCAGUUGUGUAACAUCAUUUGACAAGAAGAAAUCUGUAAAUUAAAUGCUGCUUGUGCAGAAAUGUGAAAUUUGAAUAUGCUACAACUUCACCUUUGGCAAUCUGGUUUCAUAGAUCUUUGAUUAUUGUUCAUUUACUUGGAUGUAUUUUUAAUGAAUGCUCUUUAUUUGGAAUAUUUAUUAAGAACUCACCUAGUCCACUACUCAAGUUUCAGGAUCUCUCUCAAGUACCUUCUUUCAGAAAGACUAUAUUCUUUUCUUCUUGAUCUCUUUCUGCCUGUGUCAAUCCUUCAAGGUAGAUAAGACUAGGAAACCAGAACUUUGAAUGCUAGUACUAAUUGUAUUAUAAGGUUACAGUAACCAAGUCUUGCAAGGCUGAAUAGAUUUUCCUCUUCCCUCCUUUAUCUUCGUGAGAACUAGGAAGGCUUCUGUUUGAGGUGACUUCUCAAAUUACAGAUUCUGCCCAGAUUCACAUUUAUUUCAUCUGAGCAUUAUUUUGGUUGUGCAUCUUCCUCCUGUCCAAGUUUAUUCCUUCUCAUUACAGCCUGCCUUUUUGUUUUUGCAAGUCCAUCCUAUAGCUAUACCAGCCACUUUGAGAGUUUUUUGUAAUCUCAACCAUUCAGUACUUUAAGGAGCAAAUAAUGAACUUCCUCUUUCUUAUUUUGCCUCAUUAUAGGCAAAGGUAUCAGUGAAAGCCUCCCUGUUCCUUAAGUAAUUUAUAACACAAACUUACAAUAUGAACAACUCAAGUUUUCAAGGAUCUAUAAUUAAUGUGAAUAUUAUCAGAGAAUCUGGGUAGGCUAUUAAAAGAAGAUUUCAGAAGAUCAGGAGUGGUCCAAAUAACCAAUAGCUUGGUUUACAGCAUACAAAUUAUUAUUUGUCUUCUAAAAUGCAAUGGAAUAAAGUGGUCAAAUGCUUGGGAACAAGGGUGAUUCUAUGCCCUAGUUGUGGUCCCAUGCAUGUGCCUACUAAUGCUUAUAUACACAGUUCCUUGCUCUAAGCUCAUUGCUGCAGAAAACACUGGUAAACAAAGUUAAUGUAUAAAAUUUAUCGGCUCUAGGUUCUUUUUCCCAGCAAGGGCAUUCGGUAGGUUACUGCACUUAAUUCAUUUUAAGAAAUUCAUACAUUACAACACUCACAUAUUUUUCAUUUUCCAUGUAUAACUAAAUGAAGUUAGGACAUAAAUGUGCAAAACAUCCUAUAUUUUGAUUUAGCUGAACUAAAAACAAUUGAAUUUCUAACAUUUGAAAAAAAAUAUUCCCUAUAGUGGCCAUUCAAGUGUUCCCACUGCUGCUGAUGGAGCAUGUUUUUUUUUUUGCAAAAAUAAGUCUAUCAGAAAUCAAACUGAGUGUAUGCAUCAUGUACAACCAAUCUGGUAAUUUUAUUAUUGGAACACUUUGCUGACAACUGUUGGCAUUUUGUUAAGUUAUAAGAAGGAUUUUUCAUGCAUUUAUUAUAAGUGAACAAAAAUUGUAAGUGCUAUUAUUUAGUUGGCUAUCAGUCUCUCUUCUGUUCUAUAUCCUUUGAGAUAUAGAGUUCAUUCCAGUAUUUUAAGAUUUAUAUUGGUUUGAUUGAUAUGUUUGUGGAAUCAGGUUAAUGAUGGUUGCAAAAGGCCUCUAAAACAACACAGUAUUUUUAAGUCAAGAGGAAAAUUCAUGUUCUGAAACAAAAGUUAUAUUUGCUUAUUGAAUAAACUGGCUUCACCCAUGUGAAGCAAUAAAUCAUGAUUUAUAUAUCUCAGUAGUUGGGUUCAUAAUUCAUAUUAUACUAUGCCAAAAUCAAGAUUUGGUCUAAAUGCAUAUGUGAUUGGUGCCUGCCUGGGAGUCUGUCUUGGGAACUUCAUAUAUAGUAUGCUGCUUCUGAGUUCCGUAGAGGAAUGAUGUAAGGUGAAAAAGAUAGUAGACAUUCUCUUAGGUGCUGGAGUUUUUUAUUCUGUUCCUAUUGCCAUUGUACAUGUUUUGAACGGCUUCCAAUAUGACUAUGAGGUGCAGGUACAAUCCACAUGAGGAAAUAAUAAUAAAUAAUACUCAAUAGGUUGGUAAAAUGCCAGAUCCAGUCUAAACAUCUGGUUGACUAUAAGACUAAUUAUAAUAACAAUGAUUAGUGGCUUCAUGUACUUGAGUAUAUUACAGGCAAAACAGCUCAAUCUGUUAUUUUGGUGGACUUAUGCCAAUUAACUGGGGAACCUAAAAGCUGAAGAAAAAAAAUCUGAAUUUUAAUUUAUUUCAAAAGCACGUUCAGAUGCUUUAAGCAUAACAGAGAAAUCAAAACCAAGGUAAAGCAUAGAGUGACUCAACAUGCCAAAAUAAAAUGAAAAAUUAUUCAGUAUUUAGUAAAUAUAUUAAAGUGACAAUUACAUGUUUGUGGAACCAAACCCAAACAAAUAAGAUGAAUUGCAAAGUCCUCUAGAAUUGUAACUCCACGAUAGUAUUAAGUGAAAUUUUUGUAGAUGACAAUGCAAAGUACUUCCAAAUAUAUGCAAAUUACAAAUUGUACACUACAGAUGCAGUGCUGUGUGUAUUUUUUAAUUGCUAUUUUAUAUUUAGCUUGAAAUAAGCUAAAAUUGUUCUCUUGGACAAUGGUUUACUUUACACUAUAACUUCCUAACCUACUGUACAUCUUCCAGAUCAAUUCCCAGGGAAAACAAAUGUCUUAGAGAAGGCUGUUUUAUAGUGCAUGAGUGAUAUGCUAAACAUGAGUAAUUUUAAAAGGAAAAAAAUGCACUCUGAAUAAUGAUGUAGAAGGAAAUGUAGGCUGAAAUACAAUGCUGUAGUAAUAUUCAUUUUCCCACCCCAUUUAAUAAUGUUCAUUAACUACCUGCUUCAUAAAGUUUUUUAUUCAGUCUAUAUCAACUUCAAAACAAAAUUCCUGUUGUUUGAUUCUUCCCCUUCCUAUUGCUCUAUUUUUAAGCAAUUGGUUGCUUUUCCUGGGGAAAAAACAUACUGAAAUUGGAUAAAAUUCAGGUGCACUUUGCCCUUUUUGGUAAAAGACUAUAAUCUUGUUUAAAAGGCAAAUGUUUACUCAAAAGAUAGCAAUUAAAAAUAAACAAUGUUUUAAAGUGACCUUUUACCUUUUUAGAAACUGGAAUAGAGAAAAAAGUACUGAUUUUGUUUUUCAAACAAAGAGCAUGACUGUAAAGUGAUAAAAUUGUAUAUUUUUCAUAAUGUGGGGAAAGAGUCUAUUUGUGCUGCUUUUGGAAAUAAGUAUGAAAUUAUGAUUUCUGUUAAACCUGUGAUCUUAACAACCCUGCCAUAUUUUCUAUAUAUGAUUGGAAAAAAGUAAAUUAGCACCUGUGCUCAUGUAUAGUAUAUAAGCAAUGUCUUUAGAUUUUAGCACACAUUUAUAUCUUUUACUGAAGCACUGCUUUUGUGGCAGGGAGGGUGAAAUUUUAAAGACUUUUUAAGUGUGUAAAACCUUCAUUUGAAAUAUUUUAGUAAAAAUUAAGGGUUUGUGGUAGUGUAUGCAGUCCAUUGAAGAUAAUAAAAUACAUUCUUUGUAAGGGAGCUGUAACAUGAUUGUAUUUUGGGGAAGUUGAAAAAUAUUAAAAUACUUAGAAAUCAACAUAAAAUUACAAUUUUAGUUAAA